AUGACCAAGCUGGGCUUCUUGCGUUUGUCCUACGAGAAACAGGACACACUGCUGAAGCUGCUCAUCCUGUCCAUGGCAGCUGUUCUCUCAUUCUCCACUCGGCUCUUUUCCGUGUUGAGGUUUGAAAGCGUCAUCCAUGAGUUUGAUCCGUACUUUAACUACCGUACCACCCGCUUCCUUGCCGAGGAGGGAUUCUACAAGUUCCACAACUGGUUUGAUGACAGGGCAUGGUAUCCCCUGGGGAGGAUCAUUGGUGGCACCAUUUACCCAGGACUGAUGGUGACAUCUGCCGUCCUCUACCACGUCCUACAUUUUUUCCACAUCACCAUAGACAUCAGAAAUGUCUGUGUCUUUUUGGCUCCUUUGUUCUCCUCCUUUACUGCCAUAGUCACCUACCACCUGACCAAGGAGCUGAAGGAUGCGGGUGCUGGGCUCCUGGCGGCCGCCAUGAUUGCAGUGGUGCCUGGUUACAUCUCUCGUUCUGUUGCUGGUUCCUACGAUAACGAAGGUAUUGCCAUCUUCUGCAUGCUGCUGACCUAUUACAUGUGGAUCAGGGCUGUCAAAACGGGGUCAGUGUACUGGUCAUCCAUGUGUGCGUUGGCCUACUUCUACAUGGUUUCCUCCUGGGGUGGCUACGUGUUCCUGAUCAACCUCAUCCCCCUCCAUGUCCUGGUGCUGAUGCUCACAGGCCGAUUCUCUCACCGCAUAUACGUGGCGUACUGCACAGUUUACUGCCUGGGCACCAUCCUCUCCAUGCAGAUCUCUUUUGUCGGCUUCCAGCCGGUGCUGUCGUCCGAGCACAUGGCGGCCUUCGGCGUGUUUGGCCUGUGCCAGAUUCACGCCUUCGUGGACUACCUGCGCAGCAAGCUCAACGCACAGCAGUUUGAGGUGCUGUUCAAGAGCGUCAUCUCUCUGGUGGGCUUCAUCCUGCUGUCUGUGGGGGCUGUCCUCAUGCUCACAGGUAAAAUCUCUCCGUGGACUGGUCGUUUCUACUCCCUGCUGGACCCGUCCUACGCCAAAAACAACAUCCCCAUCAUCGCCUCCGUCUCAGAGCACCAGCCCACAACAUGGUCCUCCUACUAUUUUGACCUCCAGCUGCUCGUCUUCAUGUUUCCAGGCAAGAUCUUCAUCAUCAUGUACGGAGUCACCAGCAUGUAUUUCUCAGCUGUCAUGGUGCGUCUGAUGCUGGUCCUGGCUCCAGUGAUGUGCAUCCUGUCGGGCAUCGGCGUGUCCCAGGUUCUAACCACUUACAUGAAGAAUCUGGACGUCAGCCGGCCGGACAAGAAGAACAAGAAACAGCAGGACUCCACCUACCCCAUCAAAAAUGAGGUUGCCAGCGGGAUGAUUCUGGUCAUGGCUUUUUUCCUCAUCACCUACACCUUCCACUCGACCUGGGUGACCAGCGAGGCCUACUCCUCCCCUUCGAUCGUCCUGUCGGCCCGCGGGGGCGACGGCAGCCGCAUCAUCUUUGAUGACUUCAGAGAGGCCUACUACUGGCUCCGGCACAACACUCCCGAGGAUGCCAAAGUCAUGUCGUGGUGGGAUUACGGCUACCAAAUAACUGCCAUGGCUAAUCGAACCAUUCUGGUAGACAACAACACCUGGAACAACACACACAUCUCCCGAGUCGGACAGGCGAUGGCGUCUACAGAGGAGAGGGCCUACGAGAUCAUGAGGGAGCUGGACGUCAGUUAUGUGUUGGUGAUCUUUGGAGGGCUGACGGGUUAUUCCUCAGAUGACAUCAACAAGUUUCUGUGGAUGGUCCGCAUCGGGGGAAGCACCGAGACGGGCAAACACAUCAAGGAACACGACUACUACACCCCCACCGGGGAGUUCAGAGUGGACCGAGAGGGUUCCCCCGUCCUGCUAAACUGCCUCAUGUACAAGAUGUGCUACUACCGCUUCGGACAGGUCUACACAGAAGGAAAGAGGCCACCAGGUUACGACAGGGUGAGGAACGCUGAAAUUGGGAACAAAGACUUUGAACUGGAUGUGUUGGAAGAGGCCUACACAACAGAGCACUGGCUGGUCAGGAUAUACAAGGUGAAAGAUCUUGACAACCGAGGUCUUUCAAGGACAUAA